ACCUUUGCUUUCUCGGGAAACUCUUCAAUUCCUGAAGAAAUCGAUCAUCUUAGCUUUUGAUUCUCUCUGUUUUCUUCAGUUUCAAUUUCUUAUUUUGGUGUUUGUCGAGAAGAGAAAGUUAAAAUACUUCUUGUGGGGGUUUAAGCUUUUUGGGGUGAGAGAUGGGUCAAACUUUUCGCAAGCUUUUCGAUACUUUCUUCGGCAACCAGGAGAUGAGGGUCGUUAUGCUGGGUCUGGAUGCCGCUGGAAAAACAACGAUACUGUACAAGCUCCACAUAGGAGAAGUUUUGUCAACUGUUCCCACAAUCGGUUUCAAUGUUGAGAAAGUUCAGUACAAGAAUGUCAUGUUCACAGUUUGGGAUGUUGGUGGCCAAGAGAAGCUGAGGCCCUUGUGGAGGCAUUACUUCAAUAAUACCGAUGGACUUAUAUACGUGGUAGACUCCUUGGACCGAGAGAGGAUUGGUAAAGCGAAACAAGAAUUUCAGGAUAUCAUAAGAGACCCAUUCAUGCUCAACAGUGUCAUUCUAGUGUUUGCAAACAAACAAGACAUGAGAGGCGCCAUGUCUCCUCGAGAAGUAUGUGAAGGGCUUGGCUUACUUGAUCUCAAGAACAGGAAAUGGCAUAUACAAGGCACAUGUGCUCUUCAAGGAGAUGGGCUCUAUGAAGGCUUAGACUGGUUAUCCGCUACACUCAAAGAGGUUAAAGCCGCUGGUUACUCAUCAGUUGGUCCCUCGUUUUAGCUCUUUCCAUUUGCAAAGAAAAAAAUCCCUGACUAGCUAAACUUGACAUACGAAAGUACCAAAUCAAGCUCAUGGUGUCUCCUGUCUACUCACCAUUAUAUACUUUAGAUCCAUGGCCACACUCUUCUUCUUGGCCUCUGAUAUGGUAAUAUCACAAAAUGAAAAUCUCUCAAGACUUUUGUAAUGGAAUUGUUUUUCUUUUUCUUUUGUCUUCACAUGGCUCUGCUUCUGAAAGCUAAUGUUAGUAUCAACUAGGCUCCUUUUUGCAUAAUAUGACUUUGGAGCUUCACUGUAAAUUCUGAUGGAUACAAAAUGUAUAAAUCUGCAAAAUUCUC